UCUGCAGAAGUAGUUGGCCCGGUCUUCGACGACACCACGUACACCAUCCCGGGUUACGAUGUCGUGUCUCUUAGCGUCGGUGUGAUCAUUGCCAUUGUCGUGGGCUGUAUCUUGUUCCUGGUCCUGUGCAUUUGCUGUUGCUACUACUGCUGCUGCAGGAGCCCUCCUCCACCCCAGCAGACAGUCAUCGUCGCUCAGUCCGCACCAGCGCAGUCCACCGUGGUCGUAGCUCAAGCUCCCCAGGCAGUGUACAACCCCCAGCCCAUGGGUCCACCGCCCAUGCAACCACCGGUCGGCUACGGGCAACCACAGGCGGGCUAUGACGGGCCGCCACCCUACCCGGGCCAGCAGACGGGAUACGGUUACGCUAAACUCUAAAUUUGCAACCUGGUGCUGCAUGCAGUU